AUGGCAUCACAAAAAAUUGGAAAGAGAGUUCAAUGGAGACUGACAAGUUCUGAAGGGAUAUCAUUUCCAUUUGAUGGUGUGCCAUUUCUAUGUGUUGGUACAGUGAACUACCAAUGUCAUCAGGGUGACGAUAUAGAUCUGAAAACAAAAAUGAAGAGACAGGAAGACCGGGAUAAAAAUGAGGUAAAAAUGGCAGAAGCUAUACGGUAUUAUGUUGAAUGCAUUUAAAUGACAAGCUAUAUUAUUUCGAAUACAAGAGUACAAGCAGAGUCUUGCACAUUAAUUGGUUAAUAAACAAAUUAAUAUUGAACUAUUAAUAUCAACCUUUAAUGCCAUGCAGUUUGUGGUGAUGUUAACUUUUAAGGAGUAGAACCAUCCCAUAAAUAUAUAUUUCUAUUCACACCAUCCAAUGAUUUUGCAGAACCAUGACCAUACAUUCAGGAAAAGAAGAAAGCAUUAUCAACCAUCCAAAAAGCUGGGUCAGUGUCCCAGCCAAAUUAUAAUGUCUCGAGUCCUAAAGUUUCCAGAUUAUAAGGUAUGUAUGUUUAUAGGUUGCUGAUGGUGCACAUUAUUCAUGGUUGUACUGUAGUUAGAUUAUUUAACUUCUAAGUUGAUAUUUUGUUUAGCUAGGCAGGUACAAUUUAGUCAAUGAUAUCUGAGAGGCUUGGCUGUUUACUCUGCUCCUAACUACCUAUAGAGUGUGAAAUGCCAUUUCCUUCAUGCAUGUCACACUUAAGAGUACAAUAUAUGUAUCUUAAAUUCUGUGUAAUCUUAAAUACAUCCAUUCUGUAGGUUGUUGUUGGUCCAAAUGGAGGAAAACCACAGAGAAAGAUGAGAGAGGCAGCAGCAUCAUUAAAGGCAGACUUGCAAGCAGGAACAAAAUUGGCAAUUAUUGACCAAUUUGCAAUUAAACUUCCAAAUAUAAAUAGUCAUAAAUUCCAUACAACCGAAGGAGAG